CUUUGAGGCCAGCUCACAACCCUCCUUCCACAUAAUAUUCAGGAUGUUUGGGAAGGGGUGUUUUUCUUUUAAUAGAGUGGCACAGUCACCAAGCUUUAAAGAAAUAAACGAGUGAAUCGUCCGUGGUAAUAGCAACAUGCUAGGAGCAGGGCACCGUGACGAAGUUCAAGUCUAUUUUUAAGCCUGCCUGGCAGCAUGUAGGUGCAGACAAGUGUCCAUGACCCUUUCUGCUGCUCUGAAGCCAUGGACAUGGCUGAUGCCUCCGUCCCAGUUCAAUGUCAGAGUUGUUUUUGCUCCCUAACGAAUACUAUGGGAAGACGGAGAAGCCUCGAGCUGUUUUGAAGAUUGUGCAACGAUGCUCGGGAGCCUACCUGCUUCUGCUUGAGUGUGUUCCUCGCUCACAUUUGACAGGAUGCGACAGCAAGGGAAAUACAACCAAAUCGGAGGGGCCUGGUAAUUGGACUUGAAUCCUUCGUAUGCCCUGGGGGUGAGGUGUGUGCCUCUCAGAUAAGCAAUCUAAUCAGCUUCGCACUUGUGUCCCAUCUGGAAACAGAUCGUUGCCGGAGAACACCACCACCUGAGAAGCAAUGCUUUUUUUAAGGUAAGUCUACCAUUGAAAUCAGGGAGUGCGAAUUUGCCUGGGGUGAUAAGAUCUCUUUAUUUUUAUUCAUAGCUAAUUCACUCAGCCGGGGCAAUUUCACGCCAGAAUGCAGUCUUCCAACAUGAAGGAUGAGUGCACUGCCAGUGCCUUGCAUAUGCACAGUGCCUACCCGGCAGACCUACUCCUGCCACAAAGAGCCAUGAGCCACUCCAGACACAUGGGAAAGAUAAGGAAAAGGCUGGAGGAUAUCAAGAACCACUCCUCCAAGUUCACAAAAGCAGACUUCAGCCACAACGAAAGCAUAAGGUUGGCUACCGACGCCUUCCUGGAUGGUGGGACAGACUCUUACCUCGAAACUUUAAGGAAAGAGGGUGAAGUGGAUUUCCUCUCCUCGGUGGAAGCUCAGUACAUCAAGGACAACGCCAGGGAGUCCUACUAUGCACAGGAGUCCCUGGCUGCCGAUGGGGCGGCUGCACCAAAGCAGAACGAUGCCAUGUCGCUCCCUUCAGGGACCUACUUCCCCACCAUGACUGACAGCAGUGAGCCAGCCCUACUGCACACCUGGAUUACAGCAGAGAAGCCCUAUUUAAAGGAAAAAUCCACUGCCACCGUGUAUUUUCAAACAGAGAAGAACAGCAACAUUAGAGACAUCAUACGCCGGUACAUCAACAAGACCACUCAGGUGCUAGCUAUUGUGAUGGAUGUGUUCACAGACACCGAGAUUCUGUGCGACCUCCUGGAGGCAGCUAACAAGCGUAUGGUGUUUGUCUACUUGUUGCUUGAUCACGGCAGUAUAAAUCUCUUCUCAGAGAUGUGCGACAAGUUGCAGAUUGCUGAGGAUCUCUUCAAGAAUAUUUCAGUCCGCAGCGUCACUGGGGAGGUUUACUGUGCCAAGUCAGGCAGGAAGUUUUCAGGACAAAUACAAGAAAAAUUUCUGAUCUCUGACUGGAGAUACGUGCUCUCUGGAUCUUACAGCUUCACCUGGUUAUGUGGGCAGGUUCACCGCAACCUCCUCUCCAAGUUCACGGGUCAAGUUGUGGAGCUGUUCGAUGAAGAGUUCCGACACCUUUAUGCGCUGUCCAAGCCAGUGAGGGGACCCAAGUCUCCCCCACGCAUCAUGCCCUUCCUGUUCAGCAGGAGCUGGGCCCCCCAGCACAGCCUCCCUGACAGCAACGAGGAAAGCGCUAACACUCUUUCUGAUCCCUUCAGCAGCCUCUCAACUGGCAGCACCCACCAGACGAAGCAGACCCCGAGGACUCCCAUCUUCAGCAGCAACUUCAGACCCCAGUCACCUCUUCACAGAGUUAAUUCCUUCCACAGCUAUGUCCCAUACACACCCCCUCCACCACAGCCGGCCAUCCAGGCUAACUACUACCAGCCACAGCACGUGGCCGAUAACUCUGCCGUUCUGUACAACAACAUGAACGUUUACAGGCCUGUAAGACUUAGACAAGAGGAACCAAACAGGACAGGGUUAACCUCACCCUGGAGAUGCCUCCACAAAGCUAAUCUGUUUGCAUAAUAACCACCUUGUUUUGAAUUGCAAGUAAAUGCAGUGAGGACCUGUUU